UCUCUCUCUCUCUCUAUCUCUCUCUGUGUCUCUUUUUUUUUUUCUCUCUAAGCCCACAGCAGCAAAAGCAGAGGAAAUGGGUAGGCUUGCAACACUAACAGAAGAGCCAAUCAAUGAAGAAGACGACGUCGUAAAUGGUUCAAAGAAAGGAAUGCGUCAGACAUGGAGGAACUGGAUCAAGACCCAUCUCUCCCUCCUCGUCUUCAACAAGAGGUCUGACCUCAAGAUCCUCCUUAGCGUUCUUGGUUGCCCUCUUUUCCCUGUUUCUGUCCACCCCAAACUCCCUCUCAACCAGGUUUCCUCUUCUGCACAAUAUAUAAUACAACACUUCACAGCUGCCACGGGUUGCAGGAAACUAGAAGGUACCGCGAAGAACAUUUUUGCCACCGGAAAAGUGACAAUGGCAAUGGUAGACGAUCUAAGCUCCGGCGGCUCGGCCACCGGAGUUACCACAGUUUCACAAAAAGGGUGCUUUGUAAUGUGGCAAAUGGUUCCUAAUAUGUGGCUAAUUGAGCUAGUAGUAGGUGGUCACAAGGUUGUUGCUGGUAGCGAUGGUAAUGUUGCUUGGCGCCACACGCCGUGGCUCGGAGCUCAUGCCGCCAAAGGAGGUGUUCGGCCUCUCCGCCGAGCUAUCCAGGGACUAGAUCCUCUGGCAAUAUCAGCAGUAUUUUCUCCAGCACAAUACAUGGGAGAAAAGCUAAUCUCAGGGGUUGACUGUUUUGUGUUGAAAUUGUCAGCCGAUCAGACGGACCUGGCUGAACGCAGUGAUAGUACAGCUGAGAUGAUAAAGCAUGUGGUAUUUGGCUACUUCAGCCAAAGAAGUGGCCUGCUCGUCUACUUAGAAGAUUCCUACUUAACUAGGAUUCAAUCCCCUGGAACCUAUCCUACCUACUGGGAAACAUCCAUGUCGACAAAGAUUGAAGAUUAUCGGACGGUGGAGGGCGUGAUGACCGCACACGCUGGUCAAACCAACGUGAUCAUCACAAGGUUCGGUGAUAAUUUGAAAGCGGGCGCAGCGAUCACACGGAUGGAAGAGACCUGGACUAUUGAUGAUCUUGCAUUCAACGUUCCAGGUCUGUCGUUGGAUUGUUUCAUUCGUCCGAAAGAAGUACAGAAGCAUCACCCGGAAGAAACUCUGGAUUGGAGAUCACCUUUGCAUCAAUGAACAUGAUGUGGAUCCUGCGGUCGUUAUUGGUCCGUCAAGAAUUUAUUUUUUUUUAUUUUUAUUUUUUGGGACUUUGACGGGAAACAGAUUUACUCUAAUUUUGUGUAUACAUAAUACUAUGUUUACGAUGCAUGCAAACAACAAUGGAAGUUUCUAAGAUCCUAGUAUUA